CCCCGAAAGCCCUAGCCGCAAAUCUCUUCCUCCCCAUUCGCCGCCGCAUCGUUCCCCCACUUCGCCUCCACCUCCAUCUCCGGCGCCGGCGAGGCCAGGUUUGAAUCGGCGGUGCUCCGGUGCUCCCCUCCCCUCCUCGAGGCGACAAGUUCCAUGGGUGUUUGCGAGCCGACAAGUACAAGAGAGAGCUUCACAGCCUAAACCCAAAGCUCUAAUCUCCGCCUCUCUGAAGCAUUUCGUCGAGCAGUUGGUGCGGGCGCUGAGGCAGAGGCCAUGGCGAUGGCGAAGGCCAAAUUGAUUUCCCUAUCUUUCGCCGACAAGUGCCGGAAUAUCCUGUGUGCAAAUUGGGAAGCGCACCUCAACACUAUCAAAGCUGACAUCAAGGGAAGCAAGGGGGAGAUUUACACAUCAAGGGUGCACUACAUGGUCGAGAGGGGCACGACCUACUUGAUUGUUCCCGAAGACGACAGGCACACCAUUAACAUUGUAAUCGACGAGCGGGGAUCUCUCUCGGUCUGCAGCCCAAUCCCAGGCCGCCUUACUACCUUGCUCAGAUCACUCGGGAAGUUGCCUCCUCGAAUCGCUAUGACUGGUGAUGUGCUGUUCAUGAAAAGGUCUAAGGUUCCAGUUAUCGCCGAUAGCCUGAAGAAAGCUAUUCUGAAGGAACACAAAGCUGCUAGUGAAGCUAGCCAUAGUGUGUCAGCAAUAUUAUCUUCUGCAAGUGCUGCAUGCAGAUCACGGAGCGAAGGACUCCUCAGUUUACUUGACCAAGGGAGCUCCUACAAUAUCUUAAAGUUUGAAAUUGGUUCAUGUGUCUACAUAGAUUCGCUUGGGAGCAGCCAUAAAGUUGAUUUGGAUAACUUUGAACCACCAAAAGCAGAUCUGUUAUUGCCAUUCUCUGCGAGGAUUAUUGAUGGCAUCAACCGGAGUGACCCAAGACGGAGAGCACUUAUCUUUUUCUGCUUCGAGUAUUUUAAUGUCACUGCAACGGACGCACUCUUGCUCUCUAUUGAUCACCAUGGAUUUGAUGUGCUCGCCAAGGUCCCUGAAAAAGCAGUGCUCCUUGAUGUCCCACGACAGUACGUCUGGAGAGAGUUCAGGUUUUCAUUCAAAGAAGCUGCCAAGGAUAUUGAGGACUUCUGCCGCAUGUUGGUUGAGUUAGAAGAAGAAGCUCUCCAGAGUAUGAAGAGCUAUAGCGGGUUAUAGGUCUAAAGGGGGGAAGUUAACUUGUUUUUACUACGUUAUGUAACCCGAGAAUUUAUGAUGUCUCUCCCUUAUCUUUUCUGAUUGGAGGUACAUGCAGAUCGUUCAAUAGAUUUUAUCUUAUGUCUCUGCAUCAUCUUUACUGAUUGGAGGUCAGAUCGUUCACAAGAUUUUGCCUUGUUCUUUGUUGUGCACGGGUCACAGGUUGAUACCGUCCAAUUAAACUAGUAGAUAAAACUGUGAGCAGUUAAUAAUAGUCGUGGAUACUGUUGAACUA